GCUAGUAAAUUUCUUUUGGGAAAGGGAGUUGGAAGAGAAAUCAAAGAGUGGAACAGUAGAAGCACAAAAGAGGAAUGAUGAGGAAGUUGAAACGCAGCUAAAAAGCAGAAAAGUUAGACCAAAAAAGCAGACACGUUGAGAAAGUGAUUACAUUUAUAAAUCUAGAAAAGGUCAUUCUCUUUUACAAAAGCACAAACACGUCUUCCUCUGAAAAUUUAGACGCAUGAAAAUCACUGCUUCUUCAUCAUUCAACCAUAUAUACAAAGGACCAAACAAACAGAAUUUGCAUAGCUAAACAAAAUAUCUUUUCUUUGUAUACCCACAUAGUAAUUAUCUUUGUCCCCAAGAAAGAGCUACUAUAUACAAGAAAAAAAGACAUUUUUUUUUUCUGUCUACAUUUCCCCCCCUUGUGUUCUGCUAAUGCUUGAAGAGGGUCUAAAGUUUUUUGUUCAAGAAAUCUCAUAGAAUUUGCUGUUUUCAUAUUGCACUGUCUAAUGGGUGUUCCCUGUUCCAAAUUCCUUUUCUGCUGCGGCCAUUCCCAGCUCAAGCCAUCUCUGCACGAUCUUUCUGAUCUGGAGAAUGGAGGGGAAAAUGAGAAAAACGCGUUACCGAGUUUUACUGAAUUUAGUCUAGACGUGCUGAUGAUUGCAACUGAUGGAUUUUCUGCGGAUAAUAUAGUGUCUGAGCAUGGUGAGAAAGCCCCAAAUGUUGUUUAUAAAGGCCUGCUCCAGAAUGGUCACUGUAUUGCUGUUAAACGCUUCAAUAGGUCUGCUUGGCCUGAUUCUCGCCAGUUCUUGGAUGAGGCUAAGGCGGUGGGGAAUCUGAGAAGUGAGAGACUGGCAAAUCUACUUGGAUGUUGCUGCGAAGGGGAUCAAAGGUUGCUCGUAGCAGAGUUCAUGCCAAAUGAUACCCUAGCAAAACAUUUAUUUCACUGGGAGAGCGAACCUAUGAAAUGGGCGAUGAGGUUGAGGGUCGCUUUUUACUUAGCUCAAGCUUUGGAAUACUGCUGCAGUAAGGGUCGAGCAAUAUAUCAUGAUCUUAAUGCUUACAGAAUCUUAUUUGAUCAGGAUGGUGAUCCUAGGCUCUCUUGCUUUGGCCUGAUGAAGAACAGUAGAGAUGGAAAAAGUUAUAGUACAAACUUGGCUUUCACUCCUCCAGAGUACAUGAGAACAGGAAGAGUGACAGCUGAAAGUGUAGUUUACAGUUUCGGAACAAUGUUGUUAGAUCUUUUGAGUGGAAAACACAUACCUCCGAGCCAUGCACUUGAUCUAAUUCGGGUGAAGAAUUUCUCGACACUAAUGGAUUCUUGUUUGGAGGGUCAUAUUUCUAAUGACGACGGAACCGAGCUUGUGCGGUUAGCCACCCGUUGUUUACAGUAUGAAGCACGUGAGAGGCCAAAUGCAAAAUCUCUGGUUAAUUCUCUCAUAACUAUUCAGAAAGAAACAGAGGUGCCAUCACAUGUUUUACUGGGCAUUAGACAUGGAACUGCAACCCCACCCCAACCAUUGCUGUUGACAACAACAGGGGAAGCAUGUUUGAGAAUAGAUCUUACUGCCCUUCAUGAGAUAUUGCAAAAGACAGGGUACAAGGAUGAUGAAGGAAUUGCCAAUGAGCUUUCUUUCCAAAUGUGGACAAAUCAGAUGCAGGAAACCUUGAACUCUAAGCAGCAAGGAGAUGCUGCUUUCCGAGCCAAGGAUUCUAUAACUGCCAUUGAGUGCUAUACACAGUUCAACGAUGGAGGGACCAUGGUGUCACCAACCAUAUACGCCAGGCGAUGCUUGUGUUAUCUAAUGAGCGACAUGGCACAAGAGGCUCUAGGGGAUGCAAUGCAAGCUCAGGUUAUAUCUCCUGAGUGGCCAACUGCAUUUUACCUUCAGUCUGUUGCCCUUUUUAGCCUUGGCAUGGAGAAUGAUGCCCAAGAAGCACUUAAACAAGCUACAAAGUUGGAAGCAAAAAGGAACAAAAAUUAAAACAAAACAUGUGUAUAUUUGCAUUUCUUGAUUUUUCCUGUCUCAAGUUUCUUGUAUUUAUGUCAAUAGUUAAUUUUAUACAUCCCUUUUUUGAUUUUGUGUUCACAUCCUGUCAAGGCAUUGGAGAAUUAUUUAUUGUCCUUUGAUGCCACCUUUUGUUCUUGAUUUUGUGCUCACAUCUGAUGCACCUUUCCUUAUGUUGAGGGUCUAUCUGAAAUAAACUCUCUACCUUCACAAAGUACGGGUAAGGUCUGUCUAUACACUACUCUCCUCAAACUCCACUUGUGAGAUUUUAUUGAAUUUCUCGUUGUUGUUGUUUAAUGGAAAUGGAAUCUCAACUUGCUUGA